AUGGAUCUCAGCAACCUAAGGCUUCUCCAAAGUCUCCACCUGCACGGAAACAAUCUUACAAAUGCACCAUCUUCUUCAAACUUGGGCUUUGUUACAUCAUUGUCAAAUUGCAGGUCUUUAACUUAUUUGUAUAUUUCUGAUAAUCCUCUAUACGGCAUCAUUCCAGAUUCCAUUGGGAAUUUAUCUUCCUCACUUGAAAUAUUCAGAGCCGCCCGCUGCAAAUUAAAUGGCAGCAUUCCUGUUCAAAUAGGUGAUUUAACAGGCUUGAUUACCUUGGAACUAGAGGGCAAUCAGUUAUCUGGUAAUAUUCCCUUCUACAUCAAACACUUGCAUAUACUUCAAGCAUUAUAUCUUGGUUCUAACAUGUUGCAAGGCUCCAUUCUAGAGGCUGUAUGUGAUUUAUACAACCUCAAUAUUUUCAGUAUUAGCCGAAACCAACUAUCAGGUUCAAUUCCUAAAUGUUUGGGAGAUAUCUCUUCUUUAAGAGAGAUUUAUAUGUACCCCAACAUGUUCAAUUCAAGCAUACCAUCAAGCUUAUGGGAUCUAAAAGAUUUGCUGAUUCUUGACUUGUCCUUCAAUUCAUUGAGUGGUUUUUUACCUCAAAAGAUGAGUAAUUUAGGAGCAGCAAUCUCUAUAGAUUUAUCAAUGAAUCAUUUGUUAGGGUCUAUUCCGAGCACUAUUGGGAAGCUACAGAAUUUGGCUAAUCUGUCUUUGGCAAAUAACAAACUUGAAGGUUCUAUCCCAGUUUCCAUGGGAAACAUGAUAAGUUUGGUGAGACUUGACUUGUCCCACAACAACCUCUCUGGCUCAAUUCCAAAGUCUUUGGAAACACUUCAAUUUCUCAACUACUUCAAUGUCUCUUUCAAUUCUCUGAGUGGAGAAAUUCCAAGUGGUGGUUCUUUCAGAAACUUCACUAUGGAUUCUUUUAAGGGAAAUGAGGCAUUGUGUGGAAUUCCAAGGUUCCAUAUCCCAAUUUGUCCAGCUGAUUCUGGUCACAAAUCAAAGAGAGAAAAGGUUGAACGAGCUAUAUUUAUUGCUUUUGGGACUGUGGCUUUCAUUUCAAUUGUUUCUCUAGCUCUUAUCUUUGGCAGACACAAAAGGAAAGAUAAGACAGCAAGAGAAGUUGAUGAGAUGAUAUCCAUUGUGCCAGAAGGAUCUCUUAUCAUGAACUUCUGCAAGCAACUGAACAAUUCAGUGAGAGCAAUUUGCUUGGCACUGGGAGUUCUUGCUCUGUGUACAAAGGAAUUCUUAACAAUGGGAAGGUUGUCGCUGUCAAAGUGUUUAAUCUUCAGUUAG